AAAAAAAAAAACGACCAGCACGAUGCUUGCGAUGCUCAGAGUCCACCGGGGAUAUGGCCUAGCCCGCCUGGUCAGAUCUUCCGCCUCCAGCCAGAAAGCCUAUCGCAGCAUGUCCUCCACCUCGGCCAGUCAGCAAGCCUUUCGGAGCGAGUUCGACACCUUUGGAGAGCUGAAAGUGCCGGCGGAUAAGUACUAUGGAGCUCAGACGCAAAGAUCACUCCAAAACUUCGACAUUGGCGGCGAACAAGAACGGAUGCCGCCAGCGCUGAUCGAGGCGUUUGCGUAUGUCAAAAAGUCUGCGGCGAUCGUCAAUAUGACAUACGGAUUGGACGCCAAAAUAGGCCAAGCAAUCUGCCAGGCUGCCGAUGAGGUCAUCGGCGGGAAAUUGAGUGAUCACUUUCCCUUGGUCGUUUUCCAAACUGGUUCGGGUACCCAAACCAACAUGAAUGUCAACGAGGUGAUAUCGAACCGAGCCAUCGAAAUCCUCGGCGGAGAAAAGGGCAGCAAAAAGCCCGUCCACCCGAACGACCAUGUCAACAUGUCCCAAUCUUCCAACGACACGUUUCCUACUGCGAUGCACGUGGCAGCCGUCUUCCAGAUCACCCGAAAUUUGAUCCCUGCUCUCGAAUCGCUUAUUCGCGCGGUUGGCGCCAAGAGGCAAGAGUUUGACUCGAUCAUCAAGAUCGGACGAACUCAUCUGCAGGAUGCUACUCCGUUGACCCUUGGCCAGGAGUUUUCCGGCUAUGAGCAACAACUCAUCAACGGGCUAGCGCGGGUGAAGGCCUGCUUGCCCCGACUUUCGAUGCUUGCCCAGGGUGGGACUGCUGUCGGAACGGGUCUCAACACUAAAUCAGGAUUUGCUGAAGCCAUCGCCAAGGAAAUCACCCAACAAACCGGGAUCCCAUUCGAAACUGCGCCCAACAAGUUCGAAGCUCUCGCCUCGCACGAUGCCAUCGUAGAGACAUCUGGGGCUCUGAACGUCCUGGCAGUUAGUGCGAUGAAGAUAGCCAAUGACAUUCGAUUCUUGGGCAGUGGUCCUCGCUGUGGACUUGGAGAGUUGAGUCUGCCUGAAAACGAGCCUGGAAGUUCGAUUAUGCCUGGGAAAGUGAAUCCCACCCAAUGUGAAGCGCUUACUAUGGUAGCCGCUCAAGUAAUGGGUAAUCAUACCACAAUCUCAGUAGCAGGAUCUAACGGCCAUUUCGAGUUGAACGUGUUUAAGCCAGUUUUGAUCAAGAACUUACUGCAGUCAAUCAGGCUAUUAGGGGACGGAUUCAGAUCGUUCGAGACUAACUGUGUUGUUGGAAUUCAAGCCAACAAGGCUAGGAUUGAACAGUUGCUCAACGAGUCUUUGAUGUUGGCCACCAUUCUCAACAGCCGACUCGGUUAUGAUAAUGUCGCAAAGUGUGCAAAGAAAGCGCACAAGGAAGGCACCACCUUGAAAGAGGCCACAUUAUCCUUAGGCUUACUCGACGGUGCCGAGUUUGAUCAGAUUGUCCGUCCCGAGUUGAUGUUGGGGCCUGAUUAUAAACCCAAAUCGGGUUAGAUUUUUAAAGCCAUCUAUGUCAGCUCUUGCUGAUCAGAAAAAGCAGGUUCAUUUCCCCAUCUGUCGUAUUUCCUGUUUCUUCUUUUUGAUGUAACCAUCCUAUCAGCGUCGUCUCUUAUGCAAUCUAAACUUUGGACUUGCAGUCCAAAGAAGAAUCGUCACAUGCAUAAGUCGAGACAUUUAUUCAAUUAAUUUCAUUUCAGAGUUCACUCAACAAAACAAAUACAAUCAGAUCCAGUACAUUAUUACGAAGUAUUCUUACCAGGUCCGGAUUCGCACUUCAGUGUGGGUAAAACAAAGCGUCAAGAUCAAGAG